GGCCAAAGUGGCCGUGGGCGAGCACACGCCUCUGCGGGGGCGGUCGCCGCUCAGCGCGUGCUCUCGCAGCCUGGGCACAUUUGUCUGGAAGCAGAAAAGAAAUGCAGCAAGUUUUAGAAAACCUUACGGAGCUGCCCUCAUCUACAGGAGCAGAAGAAAUAGACCUGAUUUUUCUCAAGGGGAUUAUGGAGAAUCCUAUUGUGAAAUCACUUGCUAAGGCUCAUGAGAGACUUGAAGAUUCAAAAUUAGAAGCUGUCAGUGAUAAUAACUUGGAAUUAGUAAAUGAAAUUCUUGAAGAUAUCAGUCCUCUAAUAAGUGUGGAUGAAAACGUGGCAGAGCUGGUUGGAAUACUUAAGGAACCUCAUUUCCAGUCGCUCCUGGAGGCCCAUGAUAUUGUGGCAUCAAAAUGUUAUGAUUCGCCUCCCUCAAGCCCAGAAAUGAAUAAUUCUUCUCUCAAUAAUCAGUUAUUGCCAGUAGAUGCCAUCCGUAUUCUUGGUAUUCACAAAAGAGCUGGAGAGCCACUGGGUGUAACAUUUAGGGUUGAAAAUAAUGACCUGGUAAUCGCCCGAAUCCUUCAUGGAGGAAUGAUAGAUCGACAAGGUCUGCUUCAUGUGGGAGAUAUCAUUAAGGAAGUCAAUGGACAUGAGGUUGGAAACAAUCCAAAGGAAUUACAAGAGUUGCUGAAAAAUAUUAGUGGAAGUGUCACCCUAAAAAUUUUGCCAAGUUAUAGAGAUACUAUUACUCCUCAACAGGUAUUUGUCAAGUGUCAUUUUGAUUAUAAUCCAUUCAAUGAUAACCUGAUACCCUGCAAAGAAGCAGGACUGAAGUUUUCAAAAGGAGAAAUUCUUCAGAUUGUAAACAGAGAAGACCCAAAUUGGUGGCAGGCUAGUCAUGUGAAAGAGGGCGGAAGUGCUGGUCUGAUCCCAAGCCAGUUCCUGGAAGAGAAGAGAAAGGCAUUUGUUCGCAGAGACUGGGACAAUUCAGGACCCUUUUGUGGAACUAUAAGCAACAAAAAAAAGAAGAAGAUGAUGUACCUCACAACUAGGAAUGCAGAGUUUGAUCGCCAUGAAAUUCAGAUCUAUGAGGAAGUAGCAAAAAUGCCACCCUUCCAGCGAAAAACAUUAGUGUUGAUAGGAGCUCAAGGUGUGGGCAGAAGAAGCUUGAAAAAUAGAUUCAUAGUGUUGAAUCCUGCUAGAUUUGGAACAACCGUGCCAUUUACUUCACGGAAGCCAAGAGAAGAUGAAAAGGAUGGACAGGCAUAUAAAUUUGUGUCCCGAUCGGAAAUGGAAGCAGAUAUUAAAGCUGGAAAGUAUUUGGAGCAUGGGGAAUAUGAAGGAAACCUCUAUGGAACUAAGAUUGACUCUAUCCUUGAAGUUGUACAAACUGGACGUACUUGUAUUUUAGAUGUCAACCCACAAGCAUUGAAAGUGUUGAGGACAUCUGAGUUCAUGCCUUAUGUGGUAUUUAUUGCUGCUCCAGAGCUAGAGACCCUGCGUGCCAUGCACAAGGCUGUGGUGGAUGCAGGAAUCACUACCAAGCUAUUGACGGACUCUGAUUUGAAGAAAACAGUGGAUGAAAGCGCACGAAUUCAGAGAGCAUACAACCACUACUUUGAUUUGAUCAUCGUCAAUGACAAUCUAGACAAAGCCUUUGAGAAACUACAAACUGCCAUUGAGAAACUAAGAAUGGAGCCGCAGUGGGUCCCUAUUAGCUGGGUGUACUGAUAAUUCAAUAAGGCUGUCAGUUAAAUAAAACAUAUAAAAAGUGACUCAACAAAUAAGCCUUCUACUGGGAGAACACAUGCAGAGAUAGAAGGCAUCUGCCACAUCUAGGCAUCUUUCUUGUGUAAAUUGAAAUAACAGUGCACUAGGUGGAAUUUUUAUAUAAUUGUGGUUGGGAAGGUGUACUAAUAUAUAAUUUCUCUUAAUUUUUAUAACUUUUUAUGGAUGACCUUUCUAUUCAUAUCACAUAAAGAAAUGCGUUCAAGCAUUUUGUAGGUUUUGAUUUAGUACCCUUACCUUUUUCAUCAAAGGAACUUUCAGAUCAUUCUCUCCAACAUUGGUCUCACAUUUUCACUGUGAUAAUGAAUACUUGAAAUAGUUUUGUAAAGCUACCAUUCUCUUAAGUGUUUAGUGAAGGAUCAGUUAUUCUCAUUAGAAAAAAAUUAGUAGUUACCGACCUCCUUAAUCAGACUUGUUACAGAAGCAGAAUUUGAGUAUCAGUGCUAUAGGUAGUCCACUUCUAUCUUAAUCUGACAUCGAGUCUUUUCAGUGCCGCCUCAUACUCUAGAGCAUGGCUGUCCUUUCUUAUUUGUAGAGAGAUCAGCUCCCCGCCCUCUCUAGUGAGUACAGUGAAGAGCAAUAGCUUGCACUCUCUAUGAGCUUAUCUUUUCAUUUGUCGCAGUGAUUUGUGAUGCUGACUAAUAUUGCUUACUAGUACCUUGUGAGCUCGGGCUGGAAGCAAGGUCCUGCAGACAGAGAGUGCCUUAUCCUGCAAAACUUCAUUCACCGUUUACUUAUUUUCAAAUAUAAAGUUUCAAGCCUAUUUCUUCAGUCAGUUUUUUUAAGGAUAUAGUAAGCAAAAAUAUGCCUCUGCAAAUAUUUGUGAUAUUUAAAGAUGUCUCUAAGCUGCAAGCUGUUUGUUAAUCACCAAAUGUCAUUUCUGAAAUGGGAAGUAAUUUGCUAGGGUAUUUGUUCUGUUUUGUCUAAAACCAAAUCCUUUGAACAGUUUACAAAAUUUGGAAAUAAUUGCCAGCUAUUUAUAUAUACACAUAUAACACAUACAUUAUAUAAACUAAAUAAUGCCCUAUACUCUUAUGAUUUCUGUUCAGAAAUACACUUUUUUGUUAUUUAAUGAUUAAGAACCAAAUCCUUUAGCUACAUUACCACUGUGUACAGAUUUCCACAUUCACCUUGGUUAAUAUUCCCCUCUAGGAUUCUUAAAUGGUACAUAUUCUUCCUUAAACAUGCUUUUAGUGAUGCAGCUAACUACUGAACUAAGCUAACCUUACUUUAUAUUGCUGCUAGCUUUUCAAUUCGGAAUAGUCACAUUUAAAGGAUUUGGUGCUUAAAUAUUGAUGUAUCUUUGGUGACAGGCUCCAGACACAUAAAUUCUGACUUUGCUUUUCCCCUCAUCAAAGUUAUAUAUUCAUCUAUAUAAAGAUACUGAUAUCAAUACACACAUACAUGUAUACGUAUGUAUAUAUGGUAGUAAGCAAUGUUCAUGCAAUAUUUUUUAUUAUUUUCAUAGUAAAACCCCUAAGUUACCAUAUUGUUAAUAAAAGGAAUCUACAGGCUUUUAAAUCUUAAUUUUAGAAAUUCAUAGCCAAAAUAUUAUUUUUCAUUUUUCUUGGACAGGAAAUUGUUAACAUAGUGGAUCAUACACUCUUAAAAGUGGAUCACUUUUUAAACCACAUGUAUUUGCUGAGAUUCUUAGAUUCUCAAAGCAACAUAAGUCAAAGCACAGUGUUUACUUGGCACCUUGUGACUUAAUGUUUCAACACACUGUAAUGUAAGCUUGGAGAGAAGCUUUCAGUUCUGCGCUCUCAGGAAAUGUACUGUAUUCCCCAGUGUACCACAUGCUAUCUCAUGAGGCCUUUCUAGGCGGCUUUGGAAAAAUGAUAUCAGCACAGCAGUCUGUCCACAAAUAUCUGUACCAAUAGUUACAUAUGUAUUUAUAUCCUUUUAUGUGAUACAAAAUACAUAUUGUCUAGCAUAUCAUCUCUAUUUAACAUUGUUUCUGUUACAAAUGGAACUCAUGAUUGAUGGCAAAAUUAAUCACAGAUUUCUCCUACUGAAAUGAUACAGUUUAGUUCACUAUCCUAUACAUGCCAGUAUCAAGAAAAUACAACUGUUUCUUAGUGAAGAAUCACUGAACUUGUAACGCAAGUCCCCACCUGAGUCUGUCGCAACCAUCAGGCCUUACACCAUAAUUCUUCCUAAGUACUGCCAUCAAGGAAACUCAUACUUCUCUCCUGGGAAGAGUCUAACAUAACAAACUUGUUUAUAAUAAACUGACGAAGAAGGGGCUUACAAUGGCGUUCAAUAAUUGGCAAUAGGUAAAAUAUACACACACAUGCAUGUUCUUUGGGAAAAUGUUUUAUAUUUGUCUUCCUAAAUGCACUGUAGGAUGAGUUCCACAUUCAGCGUUCAGGUCAUUGUCAUUUCUUUAUAUCUAAUGGUUAUAUGUAUUUUUUCAUUUCUAAAUGUACAAAUACCUGUACAAAUGAUGUCUUUGAACAAGUCAUUUAACCUUUGCUAAUGGAAUAUAUUCAGUGCCCUACAGUAGAAUUUACGCCUUUGUUUCUGCUGUGCUUUUGUUGUGCACUUUUCAUAACUUUUGUGUUUUUAGACAAUAUCAGGUGUCAGAUACAUCAGGAGUGUCUGUCUUGGCUGACUUGACAUAAUUGCUUACCAUAGCUUUCUAAAAUAGAAAUUACUACAAACCAAAUAGAACAAAAUCCUAGAUUCUAGAGUCUAAUAAUGUUAUUUAUAAGAAACUGUAAAAAAAAAUCCUUUAAAAUGCCAAAUUUGGUAUUAAAACGUAUUUAGAAAAUAGCUCAAGUUAGCAGUAUAAUUCAAUAUAAUUCAAUAUUGAUUAUGGCAAUAAUGGCCAAAAAUGAUCAUUUUGCCAGGCUUAGUAAUACAAGCACUCAGGAGACUGAAGCAGGGGGAUUAUACAUUGGAGGCUAGCCUGCAUGGUGUAACAGGCUCAAAAACAAAACAAAAAACCAGGGCCCAGAGCUAUAACUUUGAUAAAGUAUGUGCCUAACUAAGAUGUGUGAGAUGAGAUCCUGGGCUUAAUCCCUAGCAAGUCAUGAUCCUACUUAAAAAUUAGUUAAAUGAUACUUAUUUUUAUGUAUAGCAAGUGUCAUGACUCAGUGAUUGAAGCUGAUUGCCAAGGCUACCAAAUUAGUUAUAAUUAUUUUAAAUGGGUAAGUUCAAAAUGUAAAACGUUUGAAAAUUGUUUAAAACAAAACAAUCUACUUUUAUGUCUACUGAAACAGUCCUUCAUUAUACAGAAUUAGACUGGAGGAUCCUACCUCCACAUUAACUAAUCUUCACACUAAAUAAGGAAAAGGCAGUCCUUAAGUUUUGUGUGCAUAAACAGUUCAUUUUUUAAGAACAUAUACAUAUACAUAUAUAUGUAUGUAUGUAUGUAUAUACACACACACAGCUAUGUGUAUAGUAUGUAAUUAUCUCCCAAACUUUAUGAAUAAUAAAGCUAAACAUAUUUGCCCACAUGUUACA